AUGGAGUAUUUAAUUGAAGAGUUAGGUUCUUAUAUAACCAAAAAUGAUGAAUGUAAAGAUGCCAAUUCUCCAGAAAUAAUGACUAAUAUUUUAAAAGAUAUUCUAACUAAUUGUUCAUCUACAUAUUUCACAUCAACAGCACCACUAAAUCGUGGUACAGCCAACGAAGAUAGUCAUGGGAAUAACAUAGUUAAUGAAAUUGCUGAAGUGGAAAAUCUUAUUUUUAAUAAAGAAAAAGUUUUGAAAAAAGAAUUAAUCAAAAAUAGAGAGGUUAUUUUAGAUGAAUGUAUGGAUUACUCAAAAUUGGUUUCUAUUAAUGACUUGCAACUUGCACUAAAAUCAUGCAAAGAGGAAAAGGAAAAAAAAAAGGACGAAAAUAGUCGUAAUAUCAAUGAAAUGCUAUCAAUAUUUAAAAAUAAAAACAACCAUUAUAAUAAUGAUAAUAACAUCAAUAUAUCUUUUUUAUUAGAGAAUUUAGAUUUGUUAAAUAACAAAAUAUUGGAAAUACCAAUGGUUCUAAGUAUAUGUAUUAAAACAGGUCAUUAUAAUGAAGCAUUAUUACUGCAGCAACAUGUUAAAAAAAUAUUAUUAUCUAGAUACAAUGGGAGUGAAAUUAUUCAAGAAAUCUCGAAAAUCCUUGAUAACGAAGUCCAAAAUACAAUGCUGUAUGGUUUGGUGAGGAUAUUGAGCACUUGUGAAAAUUAUAUAACCAUUAAAAAAAUUUUAAAAAUAUUAUCUAAUAUUGAAAAGGAUGAUGAUGAUGAUAAUGAUGAUAAAAGACGGAAUUUCUAUAUUGGCAAUAGAACACCUUAUUUAUUUUUGAUAAUGAGGUUUAAGUAUAUUCAACAAAGGUUGAGUACUAUCGGCAUAUUUUAUGACAAUAAUAAUAUAUCUGAUAAUAUCAAUCAAGUAAGAAGGAGAAUUGAUGUAAUAAGGGAAGACGUUUACACAACUUUGAAUAUAUUUGUCACAACGUUUAACAACGAUGAAUUAUUAGAAACUGAUUAUGAGGUUUAUUUAUUGGAAUUCACAAACAAUACGUUAAAUGAAAUGUUAAACUUUGUUAAACAAAAGGAUGGUAAAACAGUUGCCACUACAAUUGAAUUUUUUACUGAAGGUGUGCUUUUGCAACUAAUUUACUGUUCUUACAGGUUAGGUGAUAUCAAUCCUAAAUUCAAUUGGUUAAUGUUGAACAAAAUUAAAGAACUAAACAUCUAUACUACGGAACAGUUGGCUAAUGCCAUAAGGAAAAGGAAUGAGAUGAAUCUUGAAUAUGGGGGUCUCGGUAGUAUUGGGAUUGCCACUGAAUAA